CAUUCUGCAUUCAACGAAAGCCCAAUAAUAUGAAGCUAAAAAUCCCAAGCUACUAAACCAAUCUAUCCCUCUGUUUUUGCCUAAUUUUCCCUCACUUUCUUUCCCUUUCUCGCACUCUGUUUCCCGGGAAAUCUUUCCAGACGAACAACUUUUUAGCCCUUUCUUUUUACAAGCAAAACCCACGAGCCUUUGACACUUGUUCUACCAAAGCCGUUUGUUGUUUGAACAUUUAAUUCCCAACACGAUCAGUUUUUAUUUUAUUUUAUUUUUUAUUUGGGUUUGGGAAACGAAAAUAUAUGGCAUCCUACGAAAUCGACAGCGUCAAGGCUGAGAAAGCCAAUGCUAUGAGAAGGUAUAAUCGGCAGCGAAAGGUCAAGUGGGUCGUACAAAUCUGUGCUGCUUUCGUUGUGCUUGUGCAGUCCACUACUUGGCUUCCGGUCGUCAAAGAAAUCUCCAGCGAGUUUUCCCGGCGAUUCCUCUCCCUGUUCGAUUCCACUUUCUACGUCUUCAUGCUCGUCGUCGUGCUCGUUUUAGUCCUCUACGCCUCGUCCGGCCAAAACGAGGCCAAGGUCAAUGUCUACGACGAGUUCCUUCAAAACCAGGAGUCCGGCAGGAGGUUCGGUACCGGAGAACCGCCGGCGGAGGAGGCGCCGUUCCAUGACAAACACAUCGUGUGCUCGGAGAAUGCGGUCUCUCCCGUUCACGAUAAUUAUCUCACGGUUUCCACUAUCACCCAGCGUACGGUCCCUCAAGUCCAGCCAGAUUCGGUUCGUGCAGUUUCCGCUAAGGCUAUGCCGGAAAAACAUUACCGGAGGACUAAAUCGGAGAAGUUCGAGCUGCGAAUUGGGGAGACAUCUCGAAGACAGUUGCGGCGAUGGGAGACGGAGAUACGCCGCGAAAUAGUGAGGCCCGGCGAGGAACCGGCGAGGAGGUCGUUCUCGUACUCCAUGGAGAAACUGAACAACGAUGAUUUCAAUCGCAGAAUUGAGGAGUUCAUUGCAGAAAACAAGAAAAUUCUGAGGGAAGAGUCAACAAAACACGAAUCCGAGUCAAGUUUGGCCCUCACUCUGAUACCUGGAGCAUGAACUCUGUCAAUAAAACAGAACAAAAAGAAGGAGUAAAUAUUAAUGGAUAUUAUUUAGUAUUACGAAUGAAAACCUAUCUGGGUUUGUUUUCUAACUAGUUUUUAUUAUCCUAAAUUAAGAAUUGGGAUGUACAGUAAUGAUAUAUUUACUCCCAGUUCUGAGGGUAUUACGAUGUGACAAUCUUUUCAUGGAAUUUCCGAAUUUUUGAUGAUGUUUAAUAUGUGUUUAUGUCGAUCAGAUUCUGAGAUAUA